CAAGUAAAGCCGAAGCAUCAGUUGCUUCCAGAAAGAAAAACCAAAAGCGUUUCAUUGCCGUCAAAGAAUGCCUCGCUAAUAAAUCAAUAGAGGGCUGUCGUUUGAUUGACAGUGAGUAAAAUUCAGAGCACUGUCUUCCCUUUUUUCACCUGCAAGGCGUACAGACAAUGGCAUCGAGUGAAACAGCUGUAUUGGAGGACGUCCACGAUCCCUACAGCUGGUCUACCUCAUUGGGUUCGACUCCUCCUCUUUUAACUAGCGCGGCAUGUACUGGAUCGCUCGCGACUUUCUUUUCUGACGCUUCCGCGCUUUCCGUUGCGACCGAAGCAAGUAGUCAUCCCUCCGGACUGGAAGCACUUUACGCGCAGCCCUGGGUAUACGCAGGAGGAGGAUUGGGAAAUAUUGAUGAAUGUUCUUUGCAAACAUGCCUAGCCGGAGCCGGUGUUCGUAGAGAUUCCAUUACUUUCGCAGCCGUAUGCGUUGUCCCUGAAUGCUCGGCCUUCGAUUUGGCGGCCGAUGACUUUGUAAGUACAGUCGCACGCGUCUCUGCUGGAGAAUCGUCGGUGGACCCUCCGCUGGCGCAAGAAUACGUUACGUUGCUCGAUCGAAUAGCUGAUCUGAACAAGUUCCUCCAAACAGGAUGGAUUUGCGGGGAUUUUACCGUACCCUGGAGCUUGGUGCCAUUUGGAAUCAUCUUUAUUGCUGUAAUUCUUUUGCUGUUAAUUUUUUCCAUGGUUGGGACGCUGUCGCGACAGCGGCGGAAUUUUUCAAAGAGCGCAAACAAUGGCACCGUUAAAGGAGCGGAAACUAGCAAUUCUCUCGAAGCGUCUUCCAGUCGAGAGAAAGUAGAGAACGACGGCGACAUCGGCGGGCUACUCUUUACAAAUCCAAUAUGGUCUUCGUUUGACAUGUCAAGGCACGUACGGCGACUGAACCGUCAGCACUCUACCGAGACUGCUGUGCUGGACGGCCUGCGUGUAGGGAGCAUCUCUUGGAUUAUGUUGGGUCACUCCAUGGCGAUCAUGAGCACCAGUGGAGCUGGUUACUCCAAUCCGGCCAACUUUCUUCCACCGCAUGGCUUGACGACCACUGUUGCUGGCCAAUUACUAUUUUCGAGUCGACUUGCAGUGGAUACGUUCCUGUGCAUUAGUGGAUUCUUAAUGGUGCACGUCGUAGAUCGCAAAAUGCCGCGAAGAAAUUCUCGGCCUGUCGUUUGGAGAUAUCUUACAAACAUACCUUCUCUAUUCUUUGCUCGGGUUGUACGAAUACUGCCUGUCUACGCUGCUUGUUUAGGGUUUUACACUCAAAUUGCACCCCAUCUGGGUAGUGGACCUUUUUGGUAUCAAUGGUUGGCCCUGUUAAAACCUUGUCACGACUACGGCUGGACCAACUUUCUCUUUGUCAACAACUUUGUUCCGUUGGAUCUUGCCAUUACAGAGACUUGCUUCUACCAUUCCUGGUACCUUGCUGUGGACGUACAACUCUUUGUUGUCGGUAUUUUUCUAGUGUUUUGGUACCAGUCGAAUUCAAUGCACGGUCGUCGAGUGACGCUCUCGCUAGCUUUGCUUUCGGUAUUGAUCACAAUGUAUUUGAGCUACAACCGUCGCUGGAGUGUAAAUACAUUUGACGGUGCCGCUGUCGCCCGCUUUGAUGUUGAGGCCUACGCUAAACCGCAUAUUCGUGCGCAAGCCUACUUUGCUGGCAUGUACGUCGCCAUGCUCCUUCCUACUUCCGUGCUUCGACAACGGAGUUCAUGGACUUGGAGACUACAUUUAGCGAUGGCAGUAGCUUUGGUGUGCAUGGCUCUAGUCACAUUCGGAACCGCGGCCGGUGCAUACGCCCGUCGUCCAUGCCAAUACACAGAAUGGCCAGAAGUCGAUCACUGCGGUUCAUCGUGGUCGCGAAACGUCACAUUUCUGUAUACGGCGCUGGGUCGCACGGUAUGGAUAGCUGGAGUAGCAGUUCUGUUGUACAUAUGCGUGGGUCGGAAUAGCGAACGCAGUUUGCUGGCGUCCGUUCUAUCGUGGAAAUGCUGGACAGCUCUGUCGCAACUUUCUUUCGGAGCCUACUUGAUUCAUCCUAUUGUCAUUUUUGUGUGGCAAUUAGCCGAUCGCCAAAAAGAGCAAUUCCGCUUAUUGACGUUCGGAAUGAACUAUCUGUCUGUUUGUGUGGUAAGCUACGUAUUGGCCUUGGCUACAGCGCUAAUUAUUGAAUUUCCUUGUGCCGAUCUGUGGCAGCAUUUCCUACGCAACUGGAACCGGACGAGUCCGUCGAGGAACCCUCCGAUUUACCAAAGCGGGUGUGAGGCGAAUGAAAUCGUGCAGCUCACCCGAAGCGGUCGCUACGGGUCCCUAGAGUGA